AUGGCGGCGUCCUCCCUGGAACAGAAGCUGUCCCGCCUGGAAGCAAAGCUAAAGCAGGAGAACCGCGAGGCCCGGCGGAGGAUCGACCUCAACCUGGAUAUCAGCCCCCAGCGGCCCAGGCCCAUUAUUGUGAUCACUCUAAGCCCUGCUCCUGCCCCGUCCCAACGAGCAGCCCUGCAGCUCCCACUGGCCAACGAUGGGGGCAGCCGCUCACCGUCCUCCGAGAGCUCGCCGCAGCACCCCACACCCCCCGCCCGGCCCCGCCACAUGUUGGGGCUGCCUUCAACCUUGUUCACACCCCGCAGCAUGGAGAGCAUCGAGAUUGACCAGAAGCUGCAGGAGAUCAUGAAGCAGACGGGCUACCUGACCAUCGGGGGCCAGCGCUACCAGGCGGAGAUCAAUGACCUGGAGAACCUGGGGGAGAUGGGCAGUGGCACCUGCGGCCAGGUGUGGAAGAUGCGCUUCCGGAAGACGGGACACAUCAUUGCUGUCAAGCAAAUGCGGCGCUCGGGGAACAAGGAGGAGAACAAGAGGAUCCUCAUGGAUUUGGACGUGGUGCUCAAGAGCCACGACUGCCCCUACAUUGUGCAGUGCUUCGGGACUUUCAUCACCAACACGGAUGUCUUCAUCGCCAUGGAGCUCAUGGGCACGUGCGCGGAGAAGCUGAAGAAGCGGAUGCAGGGCCCCAUCCCCGAGCGGAUCCUGGGCAAGAUGACGGUGGCAAUUGUGAAGGCGCUCUACUACCUGAAGGAGAAGCAUGGCGUGAUCCACCGUGAUGUCAAGCCCUCCAACAUCCUGCUGGACGAGCGGGGCCAGAUCAAGCUCUGUGACUUCGGCAUCAGUGGCCGCCUGGUCGACUCCAAAGCCAAAACGCGGAGCGCUGGCUGUGCCGCCUACAUGGCACCCGAGCGCAUCGACCCCCCGGAUCCCACCAAGCCCGACUACGACAUCCGGGCCGAUGUGUGGAGCCUGGGCAUCUCCUUGGUGGAGCUGGCGACAGGACAGUUCCCCUACAAGAACUGCAAGACGGACUUUGAGGUCCUCACCAAAGUCCUCCAAGAGGAGCCCCCGCUCCUGCCCGGACACAUGGGCUUCUCGGGGGACUUCCAGUCCUUCGUCAAAGACUGCCUUACUAAAGAUCACAGGAAGAGACCAAAGUAUAAUAAGCUACUUGAACACAGCUUCAUCAAGCGCUACGAGACGCUGGAGGUGGACGUGGCGUCCUGGUUCAAGGAUGUCAUGGCGAAGACCGAGUCACCGAGGACAAGCGGGGUCCUGAGCCAGCACCACCUGCCCUUCUUCAGGUAG